AUGAAUUGUUUUAUUGUUUGCAUCAAAGCAAUUAAAAGGAAAUCCACAAAGCAAAUUUUGCCUAAACAGGAAGAGACUUCAAAUACUCCAAGUUCACAAACCCCAAAUAACGCCAAUCAUUCUAGAUCUCUAAGCUUAAUUUCAAUUCUUUCUGACUCGAGUAAGCUAGCAGAAGAUAGCACAGAACUAAGCAGAGUGCCUUAUAUCCAAAGAAAACGGCCCAAGGCGUAUAAUGUAAGAAAUAAUUCGAUUACAGUUCGACACACAAAAACAAAUGAAGUGCUUACUAGUCAAAAUACCAGAUUAAUCAGGAUACAAAAAAACCACUCGGACCAGCCAAUAGUCCAGGUAAAAAAUUAA